AAAAUAAAAACAAGUGUGUAAUAUCUUACAAAGAUUGUCCGCAGAAAAGAAAUAAAUCUGCUGACGGCUACUAAUAACAAGCUGGUUUUAACCAUCAUUCUCCCAUCAAUGCAAAUACUCAUUCCGACUACUCUUUCGCAUGUCAACGGAAGUGCUCCGCGAAAGAGUGUAUAGGUAAACAGUAUAGCCUUAACUUCGGCCAAUCAUUUCGGUUUUUGUAUCGGUCCUCAUUCGCAAUCUUAACCCGAGCCCCUUCAGUCAGCAGCAUGGAUAUCCCUCUAACGUGCUUCAAGAAUGCUUCUAGAAACCCAUGCCGUUUCUAGCCCGCACGUUACAUUAGAUAGGCCUAGUCUCGAUAUUUGUAAGUCGCAUACAUAGACGAUUGCUAUGGCUUAUAAUACGUCGGGGCAAGCAUCAUGAGUUCGAAGGCUAGGCUAGAAUCUAUCAUAUGUCUAUACCGAAAUGGAAAUGGAAAUGGAAAUAGAUAGUCUUACAGAAGAAACUAAUUGGCGUAAAAGCCCUUCCCCUGGAGGUGAGGCUCAAGAAAAAUAUCAAUGUCCUCGCUGUCCUAGCAGCUUCAAACGACCCGAACAUCUUAAGAGACAUCAACGCAGCCACGACGGUCACAAACCAUUUAUCUGCUCUAUCUGUUUGAAGCGAUUCUUCAGGAGCGACAUUCUAACCCGCCACGAACUCAUGCACCUUGCCGCCCAAAGAAACAGCCACGCCUUCAAUAGAAAACGGGCUUGUACAGAGUGUGCAAGGGCACGGGAAAGAUGUUCGAGAGAGGAGCCUUGUCUUAGAUGUUCAACCAAGUCUCUUCAGUGUCUGUAUCCCGAUGAUGGAUCACAGAAGCCUCAUCCCUUCGGCAAUGAGUCCUCAGCUGCUUCUAAUAGCGAAUACGGACAGCCCGAAGACUAUUCUCGAUAUACAUCGCAAGGUUCGUUGAUGCACUCGAAACAGGAAGACUUUUCUUCUUCAUCAAACCUGAUCCAAAGGAAAUCCGUCAAUGAAGACGACGGCCCUCUUCGUGAAUUCAUACGCACGCUAAGAUCCCCAGCCGGCUCGUCCUUCAUGCCAGACGCAGACCGUUCGUCAAACUUACUCUUCAAACCCUCUGCCUUCAAUCAAGAAGAUCAAUCAACUCUUUCCUCUCUCAACCUUAGCGGCGUAGCAGGCGAGCCUAGCGGUUUCGAACACAAGAGACUCGAGGCGGGUCGCCAAGCUUCGCUAUUCGAUCAGCCGGGAAGCUCUUCCUUUGCCCGCGGGCGCAUGCAUGACGCGAUCAACCUCGACGAAGCUCGUUUCGGCCAAGCGCUCGGUGACUAUUCCAAUCUCUGCCCCCCGCCCGCGCCCGCGGACCCGCCUUUCGAUUUCCAUUCCGGGGCAUUGGGCCCAUCGUCCGAGACAGGGCCUGGACCGAGGGAUAAUAUCGACCCGUUCUUGUCGAUGGGCACUGGACAUGGCGCGGGCGACCUUUCGUCUGUGUCGGAUCCUGGAAGUCUCUCUCCGACGACGAGUGCGGGCCCCUCGACUGCGUUGACAGGGGCUACGUCGCCGGGGCUGUUGUCCAUGUCGGAUUUCAGCUCGAGGCCUAUCAACUUGAAGGCGUACGAGGUCAUCGCGAGUAAUUUCAAAGAGCUCUCGCUGGAGUUCGGAGGAUCCUCCUCGUCGGCCCGCAGUAAUAAUAUCUCGGAGUCCCAACGCACUGCUCAGCAUGAGCUCUUUGUGAAACUUUACUAUGAGCACUUCAAGCAGCAGGCUUACUGACCGGCUACCUGGUUGCGGGGGAUGCACGCGUGCCGCUUUGUUAACGUGGGCAUGAGAAUCCGACUGGGGUGGACUUCGCAGCUCUCG